AUGGCUUCUGCUGCUGUAGCUCUCCCGAGCUCUGCCACCGGUGGAUCAAUGAAUCCUACUGCGCCCGCCUCAACCUCUGUCAACGCCACUACUAUCAACAUCACCAAUGCCCCAGCCAACAAGCCAAAGCAAGCUGGAUCCCGGGCCGUCGGCGAACCUAGAAGGGUCAGGUUCAACGUUGGGUCGAAAUAUCACGUUAUGGAUGUCAUCGGCGAGGGUGCCUACGGGGUGGUCUGCUCGGCCAUACAUCGCCCAACUGGCCAGAAGGUCGCCAUCAAGAAGAUUGUCCCCUUCGACCACUCAAUGUUCUGUCUUAGAACCUUGCGAGAAUUGAAGUUGCUCAAGUAUUUCCAAGAACACAACGUCUCUGAAAACAUUGUUUCGAUUGUGGACAUCAUCCGACCUCCUACCAUCGAAGCCUUCAAGGAGGUCUAUCUUAUCCAAGAAUUGAUGGAGACCGACAUGCACCGAGUCAUCAGAACGCAAGUUUUAUCGGAUGACCAUUGCCAAUACUUCAUCUACCAGACGCUGCGAGCCAUGAAGGCCCUCCAUUCGGCAGAUGUGAUCCAUCGGGAUUUGAAGCCAUCGAACCUUUUACUGAACGCUAACUGUGACCUCAAGGUCUGCGACUUUGGAUUGGCUCGCUCGAUUCGGACUGCCGAGCAGGAGACGGGCUUCAUGACUGAAUACGUGGCCACCCGAUGGUACAGAGCCCCCGAGAUCAUGCUCACCUUCAAGCAAUACACCAAAGCCAUCGACGUCUGGUCCGUCGGCUGCAUCUUGGGCGAGAUGCUCUCCGGACGCCCCUUGUUCCCGGGCCGGGACUACCAUCACCAACUGACGUUGAUCCUGGACGUGCUUGGUACCCCAACUCUUGACGAGUUCUACGCCAUCAACUCUCGCCGUUCUCGGGACUACAUCCGAGCCCUUCCCCUCCGCAAGAAGCGUCCCUUCGCCACCAUCUACCCCAACGCUUCACCCUUGGCUAUCGACUUCCUCACCAAAACCCUCACCUUCGACCCCAAGAAGCGACUCACUGUCGAGGAAGCUCUACAGCAUCCUUACCUGGAGGCCUACCACGACCCUGAAGACGAGCCAACUGCUCCCCCACUUGAUGAAGACUUCUUUGCCUUUGACCGACAGAAAGACGAGAUCAGCAAGGAGGAACUCAAGCGGCUAUUAUUUGAGGAAAUCAACAGCUUUCACUCUACCACUUGA